AUGCGGGGGGGAUCUGAGGCUUCGGGGCUCAGUGCCCUAUGGGGUGCUCCCUCGACCCUCACUACUUCCGUGAUAAGCGAUCCGACAACGUCACCCGCCUCUCAGUCUCGCUAUCCGACUAACGACCCUCAACGUGUGGCAUCCAAUAUCGAACAUGUUCUGUUGGCAAUGUCCUCCCCGAGCCCAGAUGGCGGUCUAGUCAGCGCCAGUGGCAACUCUUCGGGUUCUACCGGCAAGGGUAUCUUAAUCGGCGUUCUCUCCGCCUUCGGUUCCGCAGCAGUUGCGGUGCUUGUUCUAGCGAUAUUCUUCUUUUUCAAGUAUACUCAGCGUGGUAGAAUCAUUCUGGACCGCAUCGGGCGUCCCGGUGAAUACGAUGAUGAGCAAGCGUUCUUGCGCGAGGAGACCGAGGCCUUGGAGGCCAUGGAUGAUCUGUCGCGUUCAGAGUAUCUAAGGGCGAAAGCGUUCGUCGAAGCCAACCCGCCUGAGUCGAUGCAAACCGACAUUUCACUCUCCCAAUUCCUCGCGAUCCAAGAAAAGGGCGUUUCGGCAUGGGAGUUUCAACCGGAGCUAGAAAUUGCCAACUGCUUUGUCGAGGCCCGUACAGAGAUCGAGUUCUACGAUUCCGAGUGCAGUGUACAGACCAAUUUACCCGUCCCAAAGCAGAAUGAUGUUUAUUAUUGGGAGGCGAAGAUCUACGAUAAACCUGACAAUACUCUCAUCAGUAUCGGCAUGACGACUAAGCCGUAUCCUUUGUUUCGGUUACCAGGAUACCAUAGAACAUCGGUAGCGUAUCAAACGACAGGACACCGACGAUACAACCAACCGUUUACCCCGUCAUCAUAUGGUCCUCCACUCACACAAGGCGACGUGGUAGGCGUAGGCUAUCGGCCUCGCUCUGGUACGAUCUUCUUCACUCGGAAUGGCAAGAAACUAGAAGAUACGGUUCACGGCCAGAAGGCCCAAAACUUCUUUCCUACUGUGGGAGCAAACGGACCCUGUACCGUUCAUGUCAACUUUGGUCAAAUGGGGUUUGUGUUUAUCGAAGCCAAUGUCAAGAAGUGGGGUCUGGCCCCAAUGACUGGUAGCCUAGCUCCUCCGCCACCAUAUGGGAGUGAACAAGGGAGCAUUUUGUUGGAGUCCGGUCGCGAGAGUGCUGCUCAGAUAUCUCAGCGGGUUUAUCAAGAUGCCAACAACGCACGUACGAGCUCAACAGUCAGAAUAGCACCAUCUGCCAGUCCCGGCCCCGUCCGGUCACCGACGGAUAUUUCCCUCGCCCAACUCGCCCAUAUACCUUCGAAUGAAGAUGUUGGAGAAGGGUCAAGCCGGACAACUGUCGGUGAUGGAGAGCAUGCUCCGCUGUUGAACCCGCAUGAUAUCGACCAAGCUCCUCCAGAAUACUCCAGUCCGGACAGUAGUCGAAGGGCCAGCGAGGACUUACCGCGCCAUGCUCAACCGCCGAUACCUAGCUAUGAUGCGGCUGUCGGCAACCAGGAUGGCAAUCUCUCUCAUCCGAGGGGAAAUAAUUAG